AAGUCUGAACCUAAACUUUAUCAAUUCCAGGCUUUCCGAACAAUUCCGCCGCCUCCAAUCAUACAGAUUUGUACCUUAUUUCUGCUCCGUCGGUACGUUAAUCUGAGGCUGUUGGUCUUAUUGCGAUCUCCUGUAUGAUCUCUGCGCUGCAUAAUUUUUCUUGCUGAAGGAAGAAAAACGACAGAAAGAUUCAAAAUUUUCUGUUGGUUUCUGCAAUUGGAAUGAGUAAUUGAAGUUCCCUAUAUUCUUUUGGCUAGGUGUUUCAAGUCUGGACGUUUGAACAUGGCAGCUCUAAAGGACCUGCUUCCACCAGCAAAAUCUACUAGCAGUACACACUAUGAUCAUACAAGUGACCCGUGGUUCAAGAACAGAUAUACUGCAAGUGAGGCAGAGAAGACAGCAGUCAUCAAGGCAAAUCCUGUUCCUCCUUAUCUGAAAAGAGCUGGCUUUAGGCCAUCUAAGCUCGAGGAUUUUGGAGAUGGAGGUGCAUUCCCUGAAAUUCACUAUGCUCAGUAUCCACUGGAUAUGGGCAGAAAGAAGGAUUGGAAACCUGGGGGGAAGACCUUGCCUGUUACAGUGGAUGAGCAUGGUGAUGUGAGGUAUGAUGCGAUUGUGAGGCAGAAUGAGAAUUCAAAAAAAAUUGUUUAUUCUCAGCAUAAGGAUCUUAUCCCAAAGUUUGUGAAGGAUGAGGAUGACGAAGACAUGGAUGGGGAAGAGAAGCAGAAAAUAAUUGAGGAGACCACCCAGGAGACCAAGGCUGCUCUUGAGAAGAUUGUAAAUGUUCGGUUGAGUGCUGCACAGCCCAAAAAUGUUCCUACACAAUCUCAAGACUCCAAGUUUAUUAAGUACAAGCCCUCUCAGCAGUCGGCAGCAUUUAACUCAGGUGCAAAAGAGAGGAUUAUUAGGAUGGUGGAGAUGCCUGUGGACCCUAUGGAGCCACCAAAGUUCAAACACAAGAGGGUUCCAAAGGCCUCUGGUUCUCCACCUGUGCCAGUAAUGCAUUCUCCACCUCGUCCUGUUACAGUGAAGGACCAGCAGGAUUGGAAGAUACCUCCGUGUAUAUCAAACUGGAAGAACCCCAAAGGUUACACAAUUCCUCUCGAUAAGCGUCUGGCUGCUGAUGGUAGGGGACUUCAGGAGGUGCAGAUCAAUGACAACUUUGCAAAACUAUCAGAGGCUCUAUAUGUAGCAGAGCAGAAGGCCAGAGAAGCCGUUGCAAUGAGGUCAAAGGUCCAGAAAGAGAUGAUGAUGAAAGAGAAGGAAAAGAAGGAGAUGGAACUUCGUGAGUUGGCCCGCAAGGCAAGAUCUGAGAGAACUGGUGUGGCACCUCCAGCUGCUGAGAGGGGAACCAUGAAUGAUGAUGAUAUGAGUGUGGAUUAUGAGCGUGCCAGAGAUUUUCCUAAAGAGUCAAGAGAAGACAGGGAAGCGCGAUCACAGAGGGAGAAGAUACGGGAGGAGCGGCGUCGGGAGAGGGAGAGGGAGAGAAGGUUGGAGGCCAAAGAUGCUGCAAUGGGUAAGAAGAGCAAGAUUACCAGAGACAGAGACCGUGAUGUCAGUGAAAAAGUGGCUCUUGGGAUGGCAUCUACUGGCACAUCAAGAGGGGAGGUUAUGUAUGAUCAGAGAUUAUUCAACCAGGAGAAAGGGAUGGAUUCUGGAUUUGCCACUGAUGACGCUUACAACGUCUAUGAUAAGGGCCUGUUUACUGCUCAGCCUACACUUUCUACUCUAUACAGACCGAAGAAGGAUGCUGAUUCUGAAAUGUAUGGAGGUGCAGAUGAGCAGCUGGAGAAGAUCAUGAAAACAGAACGCUUUAAACCUGACAAGGCAUUUGCAGGAACAUCAGAGAGAGCUGCUCCAAGAGAUGGACCUGUACAAUUCGAGAAGGAGGUUGAGGAAGCAGAUCCAUUUGGUUUGGAUCAGUUCUUGACAGAGGUUAAGAAGGGGAAGAAAGCAAUGGCGAGUGUUGGUAGUGGAGGAACUAUGAAGGCUAGUGCUGGUACCACACGAGAUGGCUAUGAAACAUCUAGCAGAACUCGUAUUGCUUUUGACAAGGGGCGUUAAAGUAGCCUUCAGGUAGCAGGAAGUGCUGGCUGUGGACCCAUGUUGGCUGCAUCUACUAUGCAUGGUGUUUCAUUCUGUACUAUUUGCCAAGUAAUUUCUCUUUGCAUGAAAAAAAUAGUAAUUGCUGUCUUCAUGCUCUUGUAAAACAUCUUCUUUGUUACCCGUUACUGUUUGGCUUUAAUUUAUUCAGAAUAAUUCGUGUCUAUCUUUUCUGAGUUUGCAACACAAGUAUAUUGUUGCUUUCACUCUUUAAAAUUUUCAUCGCUCCACUAAAAGAAGCGCCUUUGACCAGUUA